CCCCCGAAGAAGAAGCAGACGGGCGACAUCUGGUGCUCCAACACCUGCUUUAAUUCAAUGAGUUUUGGCUCCAAAUUCGGUUCGGUUUCUCCAUCUGGUUGAACAGAACCGGUCCCGGGGUUCUGCAGGAGCAGCGGCUGAAGGGUGACGAGCUGGCGCAGGUCGUGGGGUGGACGAUGCGAGACAGUGGGGGGAGCCUGACCCAGAACCGCUGGCAGGGGGACCUGGGCCUGACGGCCGUGGGUCAGGACAGCACGGCAGGAGGUGGGAUUCCUGGAGACCACCUCAUCGUCCCGGUGUCGGGACACAGCGUGUCCAGCCCCAUGCAGCUCCGGCUGGGGCAGAAGGAGAAGCUGUGGACGGGCGGCUAUGUGGAGGAGGACGAGGAGGACGAGGAGGACGGGCCCUGUGGGCUGGAGCCCUUAGACGAGGAAGAGGAGGUCAACAACCUGUACUCUGAGGAUCUGGCGGAGUUUGAGGGAAAGGGCUGGCCCAACCAUGGAGACGACCCGGAGGAAGAGAUGGAGGAGGUGGACGAAGUCGGGGACCGGAAGUUGGAGUGGAACGUCCCCGACUUUCUGUCCCAGUCCGCCCAGUACCACCACCACCACGGACCAGAACAGAAGGCGGGGGACGGCGGCGAAGCCCCCGCAGAGACCGCCGUCUCCCGGGCCGAAGCGCGGGACUCGCUCAGGUCCCACCUGAGCAGGUUCCGGGUCCUGAGGAGGUUCAGACGCUUCCCCCUCCUCAGGAACCGCGGGGUGGUGGGGUUCCGGCUGGCCCAGCACUGGAAGAACUGGCGCCAGAGGGCCCGCUGGACACAGUCGCCGGGCCCCCGGUGGGGGCAGAGGGGGCAGUACAAACUCUACAGCAGGCGGAGGAGGACAAAAAGACGCAGCGAGUCCCCGUACAGCGACGAAGACGAGGACAGCAGUGAGGAGCAGCUGGCGGCGUCGUACAGAGAUAAGCGGAUGAACGGACCUUCUGCAGAGAGGCUGGAGGAUCGAGUGAGACAGGAAGUGGAGGUGAAACCAGCUGACGUCUCCCUGAGCGAGGAACACACCAGCUGCGUGACCGCUUUUCUGGAAGAGUCUCUGCAGCAGUACGGCAGUUUGAUCCCCAUCCACGUGGACGAUGUCGUGGAGAAGCUUCAGGACAUCUUCAAAGAGAACUUCUCGCAGCCACACAGAAAAGCGAUGGUGCAACAUCUCAUCCAGUCCUUCCAGCGUUCAUCAGGAUCAGCUGUGGCUAAAACGUUCAGAGUCAACUACAAGCGACACGUCCUGACCAUGGAUGACCUGGGAACUCUGUACGGACAGAACUGGCUCAACGACCAGGUGAUGAACAUGUACGGCGACCUGGUCAUGGACUCCGUUCCAGAGAAGAUCCACUUUUUCAACAGCUUCUUCUACGAUAAGCUGAGGACAAAAGGAUAUGAAGGAGUGAAACGGUGGACGAAGAAUGUGGACAUCUUCCAGAAGGACCUGCUGCUGAUCCCGAUCCACCUGGAGGUCCACUGGUCUCUGAUCAGCGUUGACAUCCCCCGUCGAACCAUCACCUACUUCGACUCCCAGCGGACCCUCAACAGGCGCUGCCCGAAGCAUAUUUUCAAGUACCUGCAAGCUGAAGCCAUCAAAAGAGACCAGCGCGACUUCAUGACGAGCUGGAAAGGCUAUUUUAAAAUGAAUGUGGGUCGUCAGAACAACGACAGCGACUGCGGGGCGUUUGUUCUACAGUACUGCAAGUGUCUGGCGCUGGGGCAGCCCUUCAGCUUCGGCCAGCAGGACAUGCCGCGCCUCCGCAGGCACAUGUACAAAGAACUGUGUCACUGCAAGCUGACCAUGUGACCUCGCCGCCCGGCGGCAGCACGGCGCCGCCCGGCGGCAGCACGGCGCCGGCACGGAACGGCAGGACGCGCCGAUCGGCUGGAGAAAAGAACAUCUUCAUAAGGAUUCAGUCUGGGUUUCAUCCGCUUCCCUCUCCUUGUAAACUGGUUUUCCUCCCACUGGGGCGGGCGGGUCUGGACUGGUCUGACCCCUCAUCCCCUCCCGGUCCACCCGUCUCAACCCCACGGAGGUGAAGGCUGUUCUUCCUCCUCCCAGUCCGUCCGCUCAGGCGGCGCCGACCAAGACUCCACCCAGAAUGCAACGCUGCAGCCGGUCCUGAAGACGGUUCUGUGAUGUUUCCGUGUCGUCGCGUGUCACAUGUUUUUACGUCUCCAUGAGCUUGAACUGGUGCUGAUGCUGCAGGAGGCGGCGGCUCCGCCCACAGACUGUCGGACGCGGCGCCCGUGGCGCCCGCCGCCGCCGCCGCCGCGGGGAACAGCACGGCUCGUGACAUCACACUGCAUCUUUUUAAUGUGUUAUAUUGCUGUCAGUGAAUAUGGUGAUAUGCUUCAUGCUUUAAAACCGCGUUGAGGACGACAACUUUGUGUUCCUUUUUUUGAAGUUGAUCAUGUUCAGUUUACUGUUUUUGUUGACAAAAAGCCAUUUUUGUGAGGACCACAGAGCGACGCAGCAGGACCGUAGUCCGCGGGGGACUUCCUGAUCUUCUUUUUGAUAAUAAAACCCGUCUGUGGAGAGCUGCGCUUUUGUUUUUGCAUCAUUUUCCGAGCGACAGCAGCACCGUUGUUUUCUAUAUCUCCUACGAUGCGUUCGUGGUUGCUCCGAAUAAAAGUAUGUGGCAAACAA